AUGGGCAGCCCCCGCUCGGCGCUGAGCUGCCUGCUGUUGCACUUGCUGGUUCUCUGCCUCCAAGCCCAGGAAGGCCCGGGCGGGGGGCCUGCGCUGGGCAGGGAGCUCGCUUCCCUGUUCCGAGCUGGCCGGGAGUCCCAGGGUGUUUCCCAACAGGUAACUGUUCAGUCCUCACCUAAUUUUACACAGCAUGUGAGGGAGCAGAGCCUGGUGACGGAUCAGCUCAGCCGCCGUCUCAUCCGGACCUACCAACUCUACAGCCGCACCAGCGGGAAGCACGUGCAGGUCCUGGCCAACAAGCGCAUCAACGCCAUGGCAGAAGACGGGGACCCCUUUGCAAAGCUCAUUGUGGAGACGGACACCUUUGGGAGCCGGGUUCGAGUCCGGGGAGCUGAGACAGGCCUCUACAUCUGCAUGAACAAGAAGGGGAAGCUGAUUGCCAAGAGCAACGGCAAAGGCAAGGAUUGUGUGUUCACGGAGAUCGUGCUGGAGAACAACUACACGGCCCUGCAGAACGCCAAGUACGAGGGCUGGUACAUGGCCUUCACGCGCAAGGGUCGGCCCCGCAAGGGCUCCAAGACUCGGCAGCACCAGCGCGAGGUCCACUUCAUGAAGCGACUGCCCCGCGGCCAUCACACCACAGAGCAGAGCCUGCGCUUCGAGUUCCUCAACUACCCGCCCUUCACGCGCAGUCUGCGCGGCAGCCAGAGGACUUGGGCCCCAGAGCCCCGAUAG